ACCAAAUGAGUACAACAACUAAUUAGAAUUUCAUGCAUUAUAGGAUUACAUUUCUCUAGACUAGUUGAAAAGACAUUAUCCAUGAUUCUAAGUGCACUUUUCUUCUAACACAUAAUUCAUUCCCACUCUAUAAAAGCAGCUAUAAUUUUUCUUUAACUCCAUAACAAAAUUAGCCUCUCAUUUGACAAAUAAAAUGUAUCCACAAACUCCAUUAAUUAUCACAUUUUUCAUUAUCCUCCUAUUAGUCUUAUGUAAUGGCUCUUACAUAGUGGAACCGCUUUAUCAUCAAACAAAUUCUAAAUACUACUACCAUGUACAUGAUGGUAGAUUGAUCAAAACAAAACAUCAACAUUUUGGUCACAUAACAAGAACCAAUAGAGAUACCCUUUUUUCUUCAAAGUCUAAAGUAACGGUUAAUGUUGAUGAUUUUGGAGCCAAAGGAGAUGGAAGAGAUGAUAGAGAGGCAUUUAAGAAGGCAUGGAAUGAAGCAUGUUCUAAAGGAGCUAUUCUUGUGGUACCAAAUAGGAUAUAUCGUCUCAAACCAAUAACUUUUUCAGGUCCAUGUCAACCAAAUACUGCCUUUAUGCUCUAUGGAACAAUUGAGGCAUGGCCUCAAAUGUCAGCAUAUGAAGAAGAUAAGCAGCACUGGAUUGUGUUUGAUAGUGUCUCAAAUUUUAAAGUUGAUGGUGGUGGCACUUUCAAUGGCAAUGGCAAAAAAUGGUGGCAAAAUUCUUGCAAAUAUUCCAACAAUAAUAAACUUCCAUGCAAUGAUGAACUAAGACCAACCGCUGUGACAUUCUAUGAUUGCAAGAAUUUGAGAGUCAAAAAUCUAAGUUUCAAAGAUGCACAACAAAUGCAUGUAGCAUUUGAGAGAUGCUUCAAUGUGUUUGUUUCCAAUCUUGUUAUUAGAGCACCAGAGGAUAGCCCUAACACUGAUGGAAUUCAUGUGGCAGAAACACAAAAUAUUGACAUAACAAAUUCUCAUAUUGGGACAGGCGAUGAUUGUAUUUCAAUAGUUAGUGGAUCCAAAUUUGUGCGAGCUACAGAUAUUACCUGUGGACCUGGACAUGGAAUCAGCAUUGGAAGCUUAGGAGCUGAUAAAUCAGAAGCUGAAGUUUCCAAUGUGAUAGUGAACAGAGCCACCUUAACAGGAACAACAAAUGGAGUGAGAAUAAAAACUUGGCAGGGUGGUUCAGGUUAUGCAAGAAACAUCAAAUUUAUGAACAUAGAAAUGCAAAAUGUGACAAAUCCAAUAAUCAUAGACCAAUACUAUUGUGAUCAAACACAACCAUGUCAAGAACAGGGCAGGGCCGUGCAAUUAAGCCAUGUUUUGUACCAAAACAUCAGAGGAACAAGUGCUUCAGAAGUUGCUAUAAAAUUUGACUGCAGCAGAAGCAUUCCUUGUAGAGAAAUUUACUUGCAUGAUGUGAUUUUAGAACCAGAAGGUGGUGGUAGUGGAACUACUGCUACAUGUGAAAAUGUUGGAUAUGUGAAUAGUGGGAAGUUUUAUCCUCAAUGCUCUCCUUGAUGAAAGAAAAGAGAAAAGUUAAGUCAAUUUGGAUAGAGUUCUCUACAAAUGUUAUUAAAUAUUUUCUUAUAAUGUGUAUGGAUUUUUAAAAGUGUGUCUAGAUAGAGUAAUUAAAAAUUGGGAAAUAAAAUAAGUGUCUAUUUUAAUUGCAAAUUCAAAUUGUUGCUCACAAAAGUAAUAAUUUGAGUUGUCGUAUCCACAGACUUAUUGUGUGAUAUUUUGUCAUUAACAAAGUUUAUAAUCUACUGUUAAAAAAUACUAGCUACUAAUUAUCAAUAAGUUUCAACA